UUUAACUGGCGGAUUUCCAUUUUGAGCCUCUCAAGUUUCCACUACGAUCAUUGUUUUCGAAAAAGAAAAAAAAAAGUUUCAAUUUUGCUACGGGAAUCUUCUUAGCCGGCCGUGCUCAACUAUUUGUAAUUUCAACUGCGCGACGUUUCAGGGGAAUAUUUUGUGAGAAGCUCUUCUGUUCAUUGAGUAAAAUUUUGAUAGCACAACUUGGCAUGGGAGUUGUGACUGUUUCUAGCUCUGCUUCUCGAAGUCCAUUGGGAUUGAGCACAAGGUUUUCGUCUCGUUUAUGUCCUCUUAAAAGGCCAGUAAUUGUAUCGUUUAAAAAAGAUAAAACGAAAAAGACAACUUUAGUUGCACCUAAGGAAUCCAUAUCCUUGCCUAUAGAAACGUCUAAAGAAAAUGAAAAGAGGUCAAGACGAGCAUCUAAACGUUCUGAGAGAGUGCAUGCUGUUUCAAUUGAUGAAGCCUCUCCAAGUACAUUAGAAUUAGAUUACAGUGAAGCUGCUGCCAAACUUGAAAGUAUCUACAAACGCAGUCUAGAAACUGCUAGCUCCAAUACAGAAGUUACGGAUCAUUUGGUGAAGCGAAGGCCAAGGACGAGGAAGAGGAUUGUAGAAGGUGAUGAGGAAGCUAAGAAGGAAAUUUCUGAUAAUGUGGUCAAGAGUCGUCGAAAGAAGUCAACGAGGUUGAAUCUAGACCAGAGGAUUGCUCUACUAAAGAAUAAAGAAGGUGAAAUAGUUGCUCCAUCCCAAAAAAGAAAACUUAAAGAGGACACCGAAGACGAAAAAAUUGAUAAGCUUGUCAGAGAAUAUUCAGGUGCUACUGACUUAGCGAGCUUAGACUGGAAGAAAAUGAAGAUCCCUCCAGUGCUUCCAUCAUCGGAGCAUGCGUGGCUGUUCAAGUUGAUGCAACCUAUGAAGGCAAUCCUUCAAGUCAAGGAAAACAUGCAAAAUGAUUUGGGGCGAGAACCAACUGAUGGUGAAGUGUCUGAGGCAACAAAUAUGGAUGCCUCUGAAGUACGGAAAAAGCUGGAAGUUGGUCGAGCUGCUAGAAAUAAGCUGAUUAAGCACAAUCUACGUCUUGUUUUGUUCGUGAUGAACAAAUAUUUUCAAGAUUUUGCAAAUGGGUCAAGAUUUCAAGACCUCUGUCAGGCAGGCGUCAAGGGUCUAAUUACAGCUAUUGAUCGAUUUGAACCUAAUAGGAAAUUCAGGCUAUCAACAUAUGGUCUCUUUUGGAUAAGGCAUGCCAUAAUACGUUCUAUGACAACUUCAAGCUUCACCAAAGUCCCAUUCGGUCUUGAAUCUAUCAGAGUGGAAAUCCAGAAGGCCAAAUUGGAGUUGCUGUUUGAGCUUCAGAGGAUGCCAACAGAUGAAGAAAUAAUUGAAAGAGUUCGACUUUCCCCUGAGAGAUACCAUGAAGUGAUGAAAGUAUCGAAACCUGUCUUGUCUCUCCAUUCAAGACACAAGACAACUCAAGAAGAGUUCAUUAAUGGAAUAACUGAUGUAGAUGGUGUUGAUGGGGAUAAGAGGAGGCAGCCAGCUCUACUCAGACUUGCUCUUGAUGAUGUGCUUGAUUCUCUUAAGCCCAAGGAGAGUCUUGUAAUCAGACAAAGAUAUGGACUUGAUGGCAAAGGUGAUAGAACAUUGGGAGAAAUUGCGGGCAACCUAAAUAUUUCGAGAGAGAUGGUACGGAAGCAUGAAGUGAAGGCUCUCAUGAAGCUCAAGCAUCCAACUCGAGUGGAUUAUCUUCGCCGGUACAUAUUCUAAAGAAAUCAACAUCAUUUGGUUACUGUAUUGGAGAAAAUUUAUACCCCUAUUCCUGUGUCAGCAAUCUUGCCCAUACUGUAUAGUAGCUGCGUGUACACUAAUCAUUUGUACCAUAGUUGUAACUUACCUCUAUUUUCACUAGAUUCAAAACCAAUAUCUGUUAGCACACACCCUGUAAACAACUUAUAUUAUUUUUCUUUUUCUCCUUACAGUGAGUUUGAAACAACUGAUCUGUAUAUUUACGACAUGGCUGAAAAUGUUUCUCUCAAUCUUCAUGGUGGUCUUCGACUGUCCUAA